UGUAAGGUCACCACUGAAAAUAUAGUUAUGGAUAUUAUAUUGCAUUUCUGUCAAUAGAUCCUCCUAAAUAUUACACUGAACCUUGAAAUAAAGGAUCCAUUGCUAAUGUUAUAUGUAACACCUGUACUUUCCCCGCAAUAACAAGUUAAAUUGUCGACUGUGAAAAAGACACACAGGGCCCAGCAGAUCAAUAUUGCCCUGGGGGGCCUAUAGCAUGUUAAUCCAGCCCUGCCCACAUUGUUGUUCACACUACUGAAAGGUGUCUUUGUUUAGAAAAAUAUGCAUCCACAGCCAUGCAAAAGGCAACAAUAACACUGCCAGUAUAAAACAAUGUUCAUCUAAAACCACAAAAAAGACAAUAAUAACACAGCCACAAUGAGUUUUAAGAGAAUUCAUCCAGCAAUAUCCUUCCAUACUCCCACAUAGAAAAAAAACUAUUUAGAUGUGUCUAUCAGUUAACGUAUUUAACAUGCCAAAUGAAUUGACUGUACCUGCCUGCCCUACCCCCUGAGCUCCUGCCCUCCUCUCAGCCAUCCGCCGUUGCCAAGGUUUCCGUGUACGCGCUGCCAGCGAGAGCGGAGCCGCGCGACUGUCAUACAGUAUUGCCAGACAUGGCGGCGGAUCUACAACCCGAGUGGGUUUCUUGUCUCCCUUCUUCCUGGAGUUAUGGGGUUACUCGGGAUGGACGCGUCUUCUUCAUUAACGAGGAAGCGAAGAGUACAACCUGGCUGCAUCCAGUAAGUGGCGAGGCGGUAAUAACCGGGCACAGAAAAACUCCAGACCUUCCCACUGGAUGGGAAGAAGGAUAUACUUUCGAGGGUGCACGUUGCUUUAUCAAGUGAGUUAACACCCUCCCUCCAAGAGACACACACCCAUCAUAACCCCAGAACCUGCAUACAACAUCUAAACAUGCCAUAUGAAUUCAAAGCACUUCCCCUUUGCAUAUCACCAUGAAUGCGGGAUGCCUUCAUUUUAAACAGGUUUAUUUAUUACCACUUGUAUCUCUUCAAGUGAAUGAAAAGCUCCUUCAAAUGUCGUGCUACUCCUGAAAACAUACUGUGAAUUAGAAGUAAAUAUUGCAUGGCCGUGCAUUUGGAACCUUUACUCCCUAUUUCUCUACUGUUGAAGCCUAUUGCCUAGUUAAUGAUUACACAGGAACACUGUGCAAAUACUAGACAGACAUGGGCAAAGUGUGGUUGCGAGCUGUUUUUAUUUAUUCAGACUUACCCUGCUCAGAGCUGAGCCUACUUGAAGAGUUGAGUAUAAUGUGUUAAAGUUAUUAAAUCGUCAAGAAACUGUUAUCCCCGCUGUUUAGAUGGUCUGGUCACAAUUUAAAAUGACCCUUGUCUUAAAUGGGUGCUGGAAAGUACAUGCCAACAUACUGUAUUAAAAACUUAUUAUUUAA